AUGGAUACAGAUAACACAAUUUCAAGUAAGUAUGAAGUUGACCUUCAAGUAAUUCAACGUCAAAUGUGUGCUGAAGAAAGAGAAAAAAGGAAGUAUGUUCUUCAACAAAAGAGAAACAACAGAGGUUGUGAUCCUGCAUCAACAUCUGAUUAUGUUGAAAGGAUUCCAUUUUCAAAUACUUCAAGUGUUUCAACCACCAAUGUUGUGAGAAGGAAUGUGUAUCAUCUUCCUGUUUAUGCUACUCCAAAUAUUAGUAGUAAUUUGUUUCACUCAUCUACACAAGUAAAAGAUAACACAAUUUCAAGUAAGUAUGAAGUUGACCUUCAAGCAAUCCAACGUCAAAUGUGUGCUGAAGAAAGAGAAAAAAGGAAGUAUGUUCUUCAACAAAAGAGAAACAACAGAGGUUGUCAUCCUGCAUCAACAUCUGAUUCUGUUGAAAGGAUUCCAUUUUCAAAUACUUCAAGUGGUGGAAUAUCUAAAAUAGAAUUACAAAUGAGUGAUGAGAUGUUAACAAAUUCUGUGGUUAAGAAGAUUCAUGGAAUUUCUAAAGAUUAUAUUGAUCAUGGAGAUGCCAUAUUUGUAUGUUGUAAAUGUGAUGCAAUGUUAUGGGAAGAUGAAAUGCUUAGGCGAAAUAAAAAAUGUAACAAAACAUCCUAUUCUCUUUGUUGUUCAAAUGGAGAUGUUGAGCUACCACGACCGCCUACACCUCCUCUAUUACUACGUCAUUUAUAUAAAAGUCGUACCUCACAGUCUCGUAAUUACAUGGAUAAUAUUCGAGCAUAUAACAUGAUGUUUUUCUUCACAUCUCUUGGUGGGAAGGUUGACAAAAGUUAUCAGAGAGGUAAAGGUCCUUAUGUAUUUAGACUACAAGGUCAGAAUUACCAUCGAAUGGGUAGUCUACUUCCGGACGAUGGGGAAGAACCUAAAUUCUCCCAGCUUUACAUAUAUGAUUCACAAAACGAAGUUGUAAAUCAUCAAAAAGCAGUAAGUUCUCAGAUAGAAUGCAAAACUACAAGAAACAACCAGCUUGAUAGUACAACCAUAGAGGGUCUUAAAGAUAUGUUGGAUUCUUGCAAUCCUCUUGUGCAAUCCUUCAGAAUGGUAAGAGAUUGUUUUCAAGAAAAUGAGUUUCAAGAUGUAAGCUUGAAGCUUAUUAGAACAAGAGAUAAGGAUGGAAGAGUUCACAAUUUGCCAACAGCAUCAGAAAUGGCUGCUUUAAUACAUGGUGAUUUUGAUGGAGCAUUUGAUAAACGGGACAUUGUUGGUAGAAAGAAGUCUGGUGGUCUUCAAAGAAUUAAUGAGAUUCAUCCCUCUUACCUUUCUUUGCAAUAUCCACUUAUUUUCCCAUAUGCUGAAGAUGGUUAUAGAGUUGGUAUUAAACAUAGAGGGAUUGCGAUUAACGAUGAGGUACUUAGAACCAAUCUUACAAUUAGAGAAUUCUUUUGUUACAAAAUUCAAGAUAGACAGAAUCAGUUUUCAUUGUUAGUUAAUGCGAAAAAACUAUUUCAGCAGUUUUUGGUUGAUGGAUACACGAUGAUAGAAUCUGCCAUGUUGAAUUAUAUAAGGACACAAGAACCUAAACUUAGAGGGCAAAAUCUUAAGAAUUUGAAUGCUGCUGUUGAAAGUGGAGAGAAUAAUGCCUCAAGUUGUGGUAAACCUAUACUUUUACCUUCAUCAUUUACUGGUGGUUCUAGAUAUAUGAUGCAAAAGUACUUGGAUGCUAUGGCAAUUUGCAAGUCUGUUGGAUAUCCCGAUUUAUUCAUAUCAUUGACUUGUAAUCCAAACUGGCCUGAGAUUUACAGGUGUUUGCACGAUAAAGCUCUUAAUGCUGAAGACAGACCGGAUAUUAUCUCUAGAAUAUUCAAGUGUAAAUUGGAUCAUCUUAUAAAAGAUUUCAAGAAACAUAAAUUCUUUGGUGAUAUACAAGCAACCCAAUGUUCGAAAAUUUCAGUUAUGUAUACAGUGGAAUUUCAGAAGCGUGGACUCCCACAUGCUCACAUAUGUUUGUUCUUGGGUGCUGAAAACAAAUUUCCAAAUGCAUCUGAUAUUGAUCAUGUUAUUACUGCUGAGAUACCAGAUAAAGAAAGAGAUCUUGAAUUAUAUGAGCUUGUCAAGCAAUUUAUGAUUCAUGGACCAUGUGGUACAGACAACCCACUUUGUCCAUGUAUGGUUCAGCAAAAAUGUUCUAAAAAGUUUCCCAAAAAAUAUGUAGAUGAGACUUGUGUUGAUUCUGAAGGAUAUCAUGUCUAUCGUCGCCGUCAAACAAGUAAUACGGUAGUAAAGAAUGGUGUCCAACUUGAUAAUAGAUUUGUAGUUCCUUACAAUGCUCUCCUGCUCAGAAAGUAUCAGUGCCACAUUAACGUUGAAUGGUGCAACCAGUCAGGUUCUAUCAAAUAUUUGUUUAAAUAUAUUAAUAAGGGGCCUGAUAGAGUGACUGCUUCUGUUUUUCAAGCCAAUAGCGCCAAGAAUAAUACGGACCAGAAUGUAGCUGUAGAUGAGAUAAAAGCAUACCUUGAUUGUAGAUAUAUCUCUGCUUGUGAAGCUGCUUGGAGAAUAUUCAUGUAUGAUAUACAUUAUAGAUAUCCAGCUGUUGAAGUAUUACCUUUUCAUUGUGAAGAUGGUCAGAGUAUUGUGUAUAACGAUCAUGAUAAUUUUUGUGAUAUUGUUACUGAUCCAACUGUGAAAAUAACAAUGUUUACAGAGUGGAUGAAUUGUAAUAAAGUUGAUGAAUUUGCCAGGACAUUGAGAAAGCAUCUGUAUGGAUCAAUUGGGAGGGUACAUUAUGUUCCACCAUCACUUGGUGAUUGUUAUUACCUAAGGAUUUUACUGAAUCAUAUUAAGGGACCAACCUGUUUUGAAGAUAGAAAAACAGUUGAUGGGCAAGUUUUUCAAACAUUUAAAGAUGCAUGUUUUGCACGGGGGCUGUUGGAUGAUGAUAAAGAAUAUGUUAAUGCUGUCAAAGAAGCUAGCACAUGGUCAACCGGAGAUUUCUUGAGGACCUUUUUUGCAAUGUUGUUGCUGUCAAAUUCGAUAUCUCGUCCUGGUGAUUUUUGGUCAGAAACGAAGUCCCUAUUAUGUGAAGACAUUCUGUAUCAGCAACGAAAGAUAACUGGUAUUGCAGAUUUGGAUCUUCAACAGGAAGAACUUGAAAUAUCUGUCUAUCUGAAAUUGAAAAGUUGCUUCUUACCAAUGGAAGUACAACUAGCUCUUCAAAGGGAACAUGAUCGUUAUGUAAAGUGUUUAACUGCCGAACAGGAAAAAAUAUAUAAAAUUGUUAUGGAGGCGAUUGAAAAAGGUGAUGGAGGUGUGUUUUUUGUAUAUGGUUAUGGUGGAACUGGAAAGACGUUUCUUUGGAAGACAUUCGCAGCUGCAUUACAAUCAAAAGGUGAAGUUCUAUUGAAUGUUGCAUCCAGUGGAAUUGCUUCACUUUUGCUGGAUGGUGGUAGAACUGCUCAUUCAAGGUUUGUAAUUCCAAUCAACAUUAACGAGAAUUCAAUAUGUUCGAUAGAGCCUAAUACUGAGUUAGGUGAUUUAAUUAAAAGAGCACCAUUGAUUAUUUGGGAUGAAGCACCUAUGACUCAAAAGCAUUGUUUCGAGGCUCUUGAUAGAACAAUGAGAGACAUAUCACGUUCCAGUCAACCGAACAUACAAUCGAAGCCGUUUGGGGGAAAGGUCAUUCUAUUUGGUGGUGAUUUUAGACAAAUUCUUCCGGUCAUCCCUAAAGGUACCAGAACAAUGAUAGUCGAUGCUUCUUUGAAUUCUUCUUAUAUAUGGCGGCACUGUAGAGUACUAAAGCUAACUGAGAAUAUGAGAUUAAGAGUUGGUUGUCAGAAGCAGAUUUGA